AUGAUCAUGAUGACAACCUAUGCUACCUCCGCCAAAGGAAAGAAACCCUACAAGAGCUGGCUUAAAGAUGGAGUUAAUGGAGGCCCGUCCUCUAUGGAUAUCCUUGUCCACUGGCUAUCUGUCAAGGCAAACUACGCCAAAUGGAGAGGAGACGACAGCGAACGCACCCCAAAGAAACUUCUCCUCGAAGGCAUUAUUGACAAGAUGCGAGAAGUAGGAAUAUAUCAUCGUCUGGCCAAAGAUGUGGCCAGCAAAAUAUCCACUCUCCAGAGCAACUACAGAUCUGCACGUGAGUGGAGUGAAACAGAAGGUGAAAAACUACGAGGAGCAGGUGCCAAAGAAGAAUCAAUUCAUGAAGAGAUACUUAAGCGCUUUCCAUACUGGGAUGCCUUGCGCGAAGUGUUCGGAAGUACUAGGACAACCUCUUGGCCAAUGUCGAUCAGUAGUAUUAUGCACAGAGUGGAAGAAGACGAACUGCUCAAGGACCAACUCAAGUAUGAAGAGACCUCGAACGAAGAAGACGAGGACGGUGACACAGACUCCCUGUCCCCACCCAAACGACGCCGCCAGCUGAGCGAGGACAGUCCGCAUUCUCUCGCAACCACCACUGUCAGCACUUCCGGCAGCCCCGUAUUAAUUCGACCCCUCCCUCGCGUCGUUCCUAUCAUAACCCCCCGCACCCAGAGUCACCUCGAGAAGCGCGACGCCCUCCUUGCUGAGUCUCUUGUCCAGGUCACACGCGAGAAAGAAGCAGGACGUAUGAAACGCUCUCACGACAUGUUGGAAUUCUUACGCGAAAAAAGACUCGAGCGCGAACAGCUUCUUAUUGAGAAGGAAAAGACUCGUCGGAUCAAAGCUAAAUCAGACCUAGUAAAACACCUUAUUGAAGCCGGAUUCUCCAAAGCAGAAAUCACUGAACAGUUAAAAGAAGUCUCAUGA